AUGGAAGGGCUCGACUACCCGGACAAGCCAGACGAACCUAACAGGUCCUAUGACACAAAAAAGCCUGACGAAUCGAACGGGCCUGAUGACCCAUAUGGACUCGACGACCCGGACUGGCUCAACAACCCAGACGGGACAAACGAUAAGAACAGGCCUGACGACACAGAUGUGCCCGACGAUCCGAACGAGCCCAAUGAUCCAAACAGGCACAAAGACCCCAACGGGCCCGACAACCUGUAUGGACCUGACGACCCAAACGGGCCCUCAGACCUAGACGGGCCCUACGAUGUAGACGGGCCCUACGACCCGAAUGGGCCUGAAGACACGUACGGGGGCAACGACCCAAACGGACCCGACAAUCAAGACAAGCCCGACGACCUGGAUGAGCCCGACGACCCGGACGAGUCCGACUACCCGGACGGGCUCAACACUCAGACGACAUGUCCGGGUUAUCAAGCCCGUCCUGGUCGUCGGGCUCAUCUUGGUCGUCGGGUCUGUCCUUGUCAUCGGGCCUAUCCUGGUCAUUGGGCUCGUCUGGGUUGUCGAGCCCGUCCGGGUCAUCGGGCCCGUUUGGGUCGCUCAACUUCAUCUUUGACUCUGGCUUAA